GCAUUCAUUAAUGAGGAGCACAAUGUACUUGUUGUGAAACAUUAUGCGCAAUAUGCGCAUGAGAUGGUUUCUUUAGUUUUUUUUCUCUGUUUAAUCCAGUCCACAUGGUGUGUUACUUAUCAAUUUCAACACCACCUUGUAAAUAAGGCUAUUUUGAUACAAAAGUCACCAAACGAGUAUAAUUGGUUCAAAGUUACAAAUGAUAGGGUUAUAAGUAGGUUUAAAGGGAUAUAUUGUGCCCAUAUUUCGCAGUCAUUUGAUAAUACGCGUUCGUACGGCUUAUACACAUUUCUGACUUCCUGUGGAAGAAGAUGUAAUACUAUAGAAAAUGCUAAUAUACUUUGUUCUGACUUUAUUGAUAGUCCAAAAAAACCACGGUUCUACAAUUCUUUCUUUCAAUCAAAUAUUCAAAAUGGUUCGACCUCCAAGAAUAUGAGUAGAUUCGCACCUUCAGAGUUGGUAAACGCACCUAUUAAGCUUGCAAAAAUUGUUGGUGAAAAGGUGGUACAAAUGCUAAGACCCGGAACAUCCUCUCCAGAUAAUACUAACAUUUCCUCACCUCAUAUAGGUAACAAGUCUGACGGAAACAUACCUUACAAAAUAAAGGAAGGAGAAUAUGGUCCUACUAGAAGUACCCUAAAAAAGCCAUACUUCAUACGUAAGUCUGAUCCAGGUUUACCGUUCAAAAAAUGGCCAAAGAACUCCUUCUUAAGAAUUAAGCUAACUUCAUAUAACAAGCAGCUUCUCAAAGCUGCCAUUGAUAAUAUUAAAAUUGGCAUCGAAAAGCAUUCUAAUCUACAAGUUAUGAGCCCAAUGGCCAUACCAAUGAGACGAAAACGAUGGUGUUAUCUUUCAUCUCCUCACAUUGACAAACGAUCUAAAGACUUGAUAGAAAUUCAAAGGCACGUUAGAAUUCUUGAUGUACUCCCCCCUAAAAAUCUUGACAUUAAAGAUACAAAAUUUUCAGGACUUAUGAUGGUUCCAUUACCAAAUCUAGUAAGCUUUGAUUAUUGGUUUGAGGAUGUACACAAACCUAUAAAAAAUAGCAAAAUACACAACCUAUUUAAAAGGAGGACUUGGGUUUCUAAAUAUUAUCUAUAUAACAGAGAUAAAACAAAGAAAGAGGAACUAAUCCGUAAGUUGAUAGCACCAGAACUAGAGAAUGAAAUUCCCCUAAAAUGGAAACGGAGAAUGUGUGAUUACUUUGGCAUGCAGCUCGGUGAAUUACAAAAGCUGUAUAUAUUUGUUUCAAGGAGAAAGGCAGAAGACAAUGCAAGGCUCAAAUACAACGUUCCUAUGCCAGAUUACCAUGAUUUUGGAGAGAUCAGGUUCGUAGGAAAUGAAGAGGAUAGGGCAUUCGAUGGUGAUGAAAUAAAAGACACAUUAGAACCUUUAUCGGAUGAUGAAUAUUAAUUUAU